ACAGAAGCUGGCGAAUAAAAAGCUGACUUCAGCUUCGUGAGAGUUGAGGACUCUGAAGCAGCCGCUGAGUCUGUUAAACGGUGGUUUAUUUAUGUAACUUUUAUUAGGCACUGAAUGCGUCGGAAAGAGCCUUUAAUAAUAUGAGAAGCAGGCAGCAGUGAAGCAGUGAUGAAUGUGGCUGGAGGAGGCUAGGCAAGGUAGCGUAACGUUAACCUACCUCAGAGGUGAGCCACAUUAUACAAGGGGGAUUCCGCUAGCUCAGCUGGCGAAGGGUGAAAUUAUCAGUGUGUUUUUGGAAAGAGGGCAUGCACGGCUGCUGUGUGUAGUUUUUGUUUAUUUGUGUAACCUUCUUAUAGUGCUCCGCUACCGCGCGUAAUAUGUGGACGGCAACCUGUGGAGGAUUGCAUUGCCCCAGAGAGAGCUGUUAGCACCGAGGGCUAGCUAACAUCAACAAGAAGCUGAGCUAAGGGGGUCGAGAGGCGGCGGUUGGCUUUCUUCACCUCACUGGGAGUAAAUGCAGCGCGCUAGAUGGUUCCCAACAAGUGGACUAUGAAUCCAGCUCUCCACAAGUCUCCUCCUAGGAGCUGGCUCGGGAUACGGCUUCGUCUCAAUGAGAAGCCUGCGCAGGAGGAACAGUGCGUGUGUCAGCAUCCAGACUGUACUGAGCGCCGCCGCGCUGCAAAGGUGUGCCAUCAUCCAGACUGUCAAGACCUGAACAGCAAGAGUCCUCUCCACCUGUGUGAGUCAUGUGACUCCCGCUGUCACCUGGACGAGACGGACAAAAUGCACUUCGACCGGCACCCUCGCUUUGACCUGCAACCACAAGGUUCCAUCCUGGCGCGGAAUGUGUCCACACGCUCCUGCCCCCCACGCACCAGCCCCCCUUCGGACCUGGACGAGGAGGAGGGAGGGGGCACAGAGCGAGGGGAGCGGAAAACAGGAGGGAUGAAGCUAAGAAGGAAGGACCGGAGGCGUUACACUGAUGACCCCAGCAAGGAGUGCUUUACACUGAAGUUUGACCUGAACGUUGACAUAGACACGGAAAUAGUUCCUGCCGUGAAAAAGAAGACACUGAGAGAGAUCCUGGGACCAGUUUUUGAAAGGAAAGGCAUCGAGUUAUCCCGUGUAGACCUGUUCCUGGACCAGUCCAACACACCCCUCUCACUGCAAUUUGAGGCCUACCCUUUUGGAGGACACUACAUCAAAGUCAAGGCUCGUCCCGGUGAUGAGCUGAAGGUGGAGCAGGGAGUGAAAGACUUGCGCUCUCUCAGCUUACCCAAUAUGAAGAAUUCAAGUGGGGGCAGUCCUUAUAUUCUUGCCCCCGCCAAUGAAAAGGUUGAACAUGGUUCCCUUACCCGCCGAGAGAGUGUGGACAUACUGGAAACUACUUCAAAAGACAAUGGGCAACUACAGGCAGUUUGUCUCAGGAUCCAAAUUUCCCUGCUGAAGGGUCAGGCGCGUCGGAGAAAGAACAUGACGGAGUUCCUAGGCGAUGCCAGCAUCCCGUCACCCGACUCUCUGGCCCAGCAUGGGGCUUCUAUACCCGCCAUUCCUCCCGGAUUCGAUAACCGCAAGAACCGCACUGCCAGUCGCUUCAGUGGCUUCUUCUUCCCUGGCUCUGGCAAGGAGGUGGACCGUGUAGAGCAGCUGAAUAAUAGGCUGCAGAUGUACACCUACCAUGGCCUGCCUAAGGUACCUCCCCAGCUCUCCUUCCACCAUGACUCCUGGGAGGAGGAGGAAGAGGAACCCAACCUGACAUUAGAGGAGAGCUGGCAACAAUUACUGGAGAACCCAGAGACUCUGAGCAGGCGACAGUUCCACCAGCAGGAGGCGAUAUGGGAACUGCUUCACACCGAAGCAACAUAUAUCAAGAAGCUCAGGGUUAUCACUGAUCUUUUUCUUUGCGGCCUGCUGAACCUACAGGAGUGUGGGUUGCUGGGUGAGGUGGAACCAGCCAAGCUCUUCAGCAACAUCCAGGAUCUGGUGCUGGUGCACACGGCUUUGUGGGGUCAGGUCAUGCUGCCAAUGCUGGACCGAGCACGGAGGGAUCGGAGCCUGCUGGACCCAACUGACAUGCUACUGGGCUUCCAAACAUUUGCAUCCAGGUUCCAGCCCUACCUACGGUACUGCAUGGAGGAGGAGAGCUGCAUGGAAUACAUGCGCACACAGCUGAGAGACAAUGAGCUCUUUAAAAUCUACAUCACGUGGGCUGAGGCCAACAAGCAGUGUAACAGGCUGAAGCUGGCUGACAUGCUGGUGAAGCCACACCAAAGACUUACCAAAUACCCAUUGCUGCUCAAAACCAUCCUGAAGAAAACGGACGACACUGCAGCCAGAGAUGCUCUUCUCAACAUGGUGGCAUGUGUGGAAAGCUUCAUCAACAGUGUGGACUCUCAGAUGCAGCAGAGGCAGGAGCAGCAGAAGCUGGCGGCUAUUUCGGCCCGAGUAGAGAGCUACGAAGCUGUGGAAGGAGGCAGUGAGGAGGUGGAGAGGGCACUGAGAGAGUUUAACCACAUUGACCUGACAGCUCCUAUGAUCGACACCUCUCCUGAGGAGACCAGACAGCUCCACCUGGAGGGGGUACUUCGUAUGAAAGAUGGCAAAGACAGCAGGAUGGACGUCUACUGCUUCUUAUUCACUGACCUCCUGCUCAUCACUAAGCCAGUGAAGCGCUUAGAGAAAGUGAAAGUGAUCAGACAGCCCCUGCUCAUUCAUAAUGUUGUGUGCAAGGAGCUCAAAGACCCAGGCUCUUUUGUCCUCAUCUACCUCAAUGAGUUCAAAAGUGCUGUGGCUGCCUACUCUUUCCAGGCCAACAGCACCUCCCAGGGGCGAAGCUGGAUAGAUACAAUUUGCAGUGUGCAGAAAAAGCUCCAGCGACUGCGCUCAGAAGAGGCCCGUCGCCGGCAAGCUGGACUGAAACAGAGACUAGAGGAGGAAGAGGAGGAUGAAGGAGGAGAGGAGAGCUGUAACUCCACUGCCAACUCCACAGCCAACUCCACUGCUAACUCCACGGCCAGCUCCCCACGCCUCAGGAACAAGGAACCGUAUAAUGCAGGAAACUCAGACGGCUCAACAGAAACACUGUCCGUGGUGGAAAUGGAGGACUCUGAAGCAUCCUCACACCCUCCUGCUCUGCAAUCUGAUCCUGGGGGGGCCACUGAUGAAGCCCCAUCAACUUUCCCCAGCAUUUCUGAACCCCAGCAGGUCCCAGGUGCUGUGGAGGCUGUCACUCUGGAGGGCUCUGAGUCGGACCCACAAUGCCGCUCUCUCUCCAUGGACAGUGCCUACGGCACGCUCUCACCCGAGUCGCUUCUGGAGCUGCACAGCCGGGCAGCCGCCAGCGAAGGGGAAAGCACAGAGGAGGACAUAGAACCUGAGACUGCGGGAGAUGAAGGAAAGGCAAAUGAGGACGGGGGGACCGCUCAGGCAGCGGAUGUGACUGCUCAAGAAGAAGGAGAGGCCGAAGCAGAAGAGGAAGACGAUGGGAGUUCCUUUGGCUCUCGGCUUUCAGUGGCCCACCGGCAAAAGCCCAGGCGGCGGCCACCGGUCCAUUUCCGUGUUCAGAGCCUGCAGAAGAUGGCAUUCAAGUGCCGGUCUGAAGACAACCUGUUGCAGCGUGUCCAUGACGAGAGCAGGCACAGCAUGGCCCAGACUGCAACGCCUGAGGUCUCUGACACCCACCGGAGGUCCAAAAUGACUGAGGGUCUAGCCUACAGCAGAAGCUUGACUGAACUGACCCCCCCUGACACGUCACCUCACCGGACAGGCAGAGAAAGGGCGGAGAGUGAUCGUCUGUCCUACAGCCUGCCUGCCUACAUGCUUAAGGACACGUUGAGGCGCGUCAAGUCACAGCAGUCCCAAGACAGUGAGAGCAAGGGCCAGAGCUGCAGUGGCUCAGAUGGAGAGUUGGAGCCCCCUAGAGCAUCAGAGGAGGAGGCACACAGUGGAAAAAAGUCACAGCAGCACAAGAAGCUCACGCUGGCACAGCUGUACAGAAUACGCACCACACUGGUGCUCAACUCUACACUCACUGCCUCGGAAGUGUAGACUUGGCCAUUCCAGCAGAUGCCAGUGUCACUGGGUUCCCAUAGUAGGAUUGAAAUCCUCGCCACCUGUAUGUACUCUAAGCAAUGAGCAUGUCUCUCAGGCCUCUCCUCUCCCUCUCCAGCACGGAGUCAUCAUCCCUUCUCCGCCGAGCCGCUCUGCACUCUUCCUGUACCAGAGAGGGAAAGGCACAUGCUCGAAAACAGUUUGCACUUUGUGCCACAAGUAGCUUUUGAAGUGGGGGAAGCUAAGCUUUAAGGGAAUAACAGAUCCUGACCAAGAGGGGGAGCUCUAAGGAAAGUGAAUGAGGCAGCAGUUUGAGCAGAUCUGCCUCAAUUGUGCACUUGGAGCUGAGGAAGUAUUGGAUGGAAAUGAACUGAAUUGAAUUUGGAUGAAUUAGAAACUCACAGAACAUGCAGUUAAACCCGCGGCACCUUGGAUUUCCCUGAACGUCCACUUCCUUUGAGGAGAGCGUAAAAAAAAAAAAAAAAAAAAAAAUCGGAUACACGUUCACUUCAGUAUUCCUUUUGUUUGUUACUUUUCAUUUAAUGUUCUCCUUUGGCAUUUCAUUACACCCACAGUUUCACACCCUCUAACAGAGUCUCCUCUCAAGCUAGACCUCAGAUCACUUUUCUGCGGUUCACGGUAUCGUCCCUUCAAAUGCCACCCAUACGUUGUGGUCAUGUGGAGACGGUCUGCAUCUGUUUAGGCCUGGAGAGCAGAACUCAGACUCUACAGUUGCACAAUUAAUGUGAUUGUUUGGUAGCACUUUACUUGAACCCAGUUUAACAUUCACAUAACUGUGUCAUAAACAUGUGGUGGCAGAUGUGAUAUGCUGUCAUAACAGAUUUUGUCCAGUAAUAUAGCCGGGUCUUGUUAACAUUACUGUAAAUUGAAAUGACAUACAUUGUUAAAAAAAUCGCUGGCAAAAUACUGUAAUAUUUAAUGGUCAGUGGUCAUAAAAAAAGAUUACAUACACAAAGAAACCAGACAAGUUAUUACUGUUGUUAUUAUUAUGGUAAAUUACUGUAUUUGAGAAUAUCUAGCUGAAGUAGUGAAACAGUAAAAGGCAGUAUUUAUAAGAAAUGACAACACUGUAAUUUUACAGAUUGCUACCAUCAUUAAGAAAACAUACUUUUACUGUUAAUUAACACACCUGCUGCCAGUCCUUUUUUUCCCCCACUGUGUUUGAUGUUGUGAUGAUCAACUAGAAUACAUUUAGCAAAAAAUCAGCCACUGACAUAAACUUUCAGGACAUUAACAAUUAUAACGUCUUUUGUUUUAUAAUGAUGACAUGACAAUUUACUGAAUAAUUUACUGAAUAAAAUCUGUUAUGACUACUAAUGACAGCGUAAGACAUGUUUAAACAUGUUUGUCAGUGUUAUGUUGGAGGAUUCAAAGUAAAGUGUUGUCUGUUGUUAAAGAGGCAUAACCAGUAAAGCGGUUCACAUGAUGACUGUAUUACUUUGUACAAAGUGUUUGUAUGUUUCUGGUUGUGUGAGUGUAAGUUAACGUCUACGAAUAUCAUGUCUGUGUGAUUGAAUGGUACAUGUUUCUGAGUAUGAAUGUGCACUAUAUGUUGACUACAGGCUGAACCAAAAUAAUGACUCUUUGAAUAUCUUCCUCGGGUGACACGCUAGAUGACUUGAGUAGCUGCUAAAUAGAGGCUACGUUUAAAAAAAAAAAUAGGACCAGUAUUAAUUACAUUGAUGUUUAAAGCAGCAGUGAUUACUUAAUCUGUGUUUGUGUGUGUGUGGUAGAGCUAAUGCAGUCUAGUGCUUGAUUGUAAGGACCCCUUUAAUAAAACAUAAAAAAGCUGGGGUGACAUGAAAUAACAACCAAAUGUAAGUAAAGAUUGCUUGGAUUGCCAUACAUGAAGUGGAAUGGAACUGCUUUAUGAGGACUUAAUGUAAUUGACUAGCUUUAACUGAAGAACACUGCUGGGUUUUACAGUGAACAGCUUUAGCAUUAGUGGGAGGAGUCUUGAUUUUCCUAUGGAGCUCAAGACAAAACUGUGGACCUACGAUCAGCUCAGUACGUGGUUCGGUUUGAGGAUUUAAGGAAAAUAGCCUGAUCUUAGAUCAGCACUUAUUAGUAACCAUGCCUUCAGAGCUCACACUGAACACCUUACAGGAUUUGGGUUUAGACUAGGGUUUGCCUGAUGUCUGACAAUUGAGUUGUGUUACUAAUACUGUUUAAAGGCGUUAAAGCAAAAUUCUUCCUGAUCUACUAAAACCAAAUCCUCCUAAAUGUACUUUUUGGAAAGUUGCCCAAAAUUAAUAUUGUGCAUUACUUGUUUACUUCUAUUUUUUGUGUUUGUCAUAUUUAUUAAGCUUGCUUUGUUUUAUAUAUGAAAUAUGGUUUGUAAAUGUAUUGUUUAUUUCAUGACUGUAAUAUUUUUGUUGUUUUGUAGUCUUAAUUUGUUAAUUUGUUGUCAUUCGUCUGUCAAAUUUGCUAGAAGGUAAAAAAAAAAUGCUAAGAACCAAAAUAACUUUGAUUCGUUCUUUAAGUGUCUUACACAAUAAAAGACAUCUUACAAUA